AUGGAUCCUGCUCUAUUACGCGAGCGCGAAGCCUUCAAGCGGCGGGCGAUGGCCACGCCAACCGUUGAAAAGAAGGCAAAAACAGAAAGCUCUUUUGCGUCAACCAAGGAUAUAAAAAAGCCUAGGCCUGCCAGUGCCGCCCCAAAAAUCGAUGCAACAAACUACAAGACUAUGUCUGGAAGUUCCCAGUAUCGCUUUGGUGUACUAGCAAAGAUCGUGAAACACAUGCGUACUCGUCAUCAAGAAGGUGACGACCAUCCGUUGACUCUAGACGAUAUACUUGAUGAAACUAACCAACUAGAUAUAGGAUCAUCAGUAAAAGCGUGGCUGCAAGGAGAGGCACUACGCAACAAUCCAAAAAUCGAGCUCACUCCGGACGGUCGGUAUCUGUUUAAAUCGGUAUUUAAAAUCAAAGACGGCAAAAGCCUCAUGCGUUUGUUAAAACAGCACGACCUAAAGGGGCUGGGUGGUGUAUUGCUAGAUGACGUCCAAGAGUCGUUACCUCACUGUGAUAAAGUACUGAAGAAUCGAGCAUCAGAAAUUAUCUUCAUUACACGGCCGAACGAUAAGAAGAAAAUUCUCUUUUACAAUGAUCGUACGGCCAACUUUCAAGUCGAUGAUGACUUUCAGAAGCUAUGGCGGGCGGUAACCGUUGAUGCAAUGGAUGACGCAAAGAUUGACGAGUACCUGGAAAAGCAGGGCAUUCGAUCGAUGCAGGAUCACGGCCCCAAGAAGCCACUUAUUCCAAAGCGCAAGAAGUUGGCGAACAAGAAACGACAGUUCAAGAAACCCCGCGACAACGAGCACUUGGCGGACGUGCUGGAAACCUACGAGGACAACACGCUUACGCAGUCAAAUGCUGUGCAGGAAAUCAAGCAAAACAAUUGAUAGACCCAUGCCGUUUGAUUGUAAUAUUCAGUCACAUGAAGAUUUAAUUUUUAACAAUCCUAUUGCAUAGCGGAAUGUA